AUGUUGAAGGAACUCCAGUUAUCUUUGUCUGUGGUCCUGCUACUGGCCUGUGGCUUCCUUUACCAGCUCACCUUGAGGUCCCACUGCCUCUUCUGCCUGCCUUUCUCCAAGUCCCAGCAGGGGCCAGAUGCCCUCUUGAGCCAGGGACAUAGCAUUGUGUUUCUAGAGACUUCGGAGAGACUGGAGCCACCGCCACUGGUUUCCUGUGCUGUGGAGUCUGCGGCCAAGAUUUAUCCUGAGCAGCCCGUGAUCUUCUUCAUGAAAGGUCUCAAAAACUCCACACAGCUGCCCUCCAACUCCAGCUACCCAGCCUUCUCCCUCCUCUCAGCAAUAGACAACGUUUUCUUCUUUCCUUUGGAUAUGAACAGGCUGUUUGAAAACACACCCUUGUUUUCAUGGUACACUCACAUCAACAGCAAGGUAGAGAGACACUGGCUCCAUGUCAGCUCCGACGCAUGUCGUCUGGCCAUCAUCUGGAAAUACGGUGGCGUCUACAUGGACACUGAUAUCAUCUCCAUCAGACCCAUCCCCGAAGAAAACUUUUUGGCCGCACAGGCUUCUCAGGUCUCCAGUAAUGGGGUGUUUGGGUUCUUACCCCGUCACCCCUUCUUGUGGGAAUGUAUGGAAAAUUUUGUCGAACACUAUAACUCACACAUUUGGGGUAAUCAAGGUCCCCGUUUGAUAACGAGGAUGUUGAGGGUGUGGUGUAAACUUGGAAACUUCCAAGAGCUCAGUGACCUCAGGUGUCAGAACAUUUCCUUCCUACAUCCUCACAGAUUUUAUCCCAUUUCCUACUCAAAGUGGAGGCGCUACUAUGAAGUUUGGGACCCAGAACCAAACUUCAAUGACUCUUAUGCCCUGCAUCUAUGGAAUCACAUGAACCAGGGGAGGAGGACUGUGAUUAAAGGAAGCAACACCCUGGUGGAAAAUCUCUAUCGCAAGUACUGUCCAACAACUUACAGGCACCUGGUUCAAGGCCCAAAAGUGUCAGUGACCAGGUCCAGGUAA